AUGCCUCCCCCUUUCCGAUCCAUUGCCCGGUCCUCAGCAUCAACUUCUCUUGGGCAGUGCCCUCCCUGUUUUCCUCUCCCUUUCCCCCUGUCCUCCUCUCCCUUUCCCCCUGUCCUCCUCUCCCUUUCCCCCUGUCCUCCUCUCCCUUUCCCCCUGUCCUCCUCUCCCUUUCCCCCUGUCCUCCUCUCCCUUUCCCCCUGUCCUCCUCUCCCUUUCCCCCUGUCCUCCUCUCCCUUUCCCCCUAUCCUCCUCUCCCUUUCCCCCUGUCCUCCUCUCCAUUUCCCCCUGUCCUCCUCUCCCUUUCCCCCUGUCCUCCUCUCCCUUUCCCCCUGUCCUCCUCUCCCUUUCCCCCUGUCCUCCUCUCCCUUUCCCCCUGUCCUUCUCUCCCUUUCCCCUUGUCCUCUCCAUUUCCCCUUGUCCUCCUCUCCAUUUCCCCCUGUCCUUCUCUCCCUUUCCCCCUGUCCUCCUCUCCCUUUCCCCCUGUCAUCCUCUCCCUUUCCCCCUGUCCUCCUCUCCCUUUCCCCCAGUCCUCCUCUCCAUUUCCCCCUGUCCUUCUCUCCCUUUCCCCCUGUCCUUCUCUCCCUUUCCCCCUGUCCUUCCCUCCCACCUUUCCUCCCCCUCUCUCACAUCCCUUCCCUUUCCUACUGUCCUCUCCCACCAUUCACGCUUCUCUCAGCCAUCCCUUUCCCCCCUCCCCUGCCCCUCGCCUUCCCCCACUACCGUCCCUUCCCUUUCCACUACCUGCACCAAUAG